AGAAUCUCAACAAUUGACCAGUGAUUGUUUGGCUCUGUCAUUGUCAAGAGUGCGAUUUUCAAGUAAUUAAAAGAUGUUUUUUGAUUUUUUGAAUUAUCAACGUUUGCCUGAACCUUUGGAGGCAUCAUCUGAUGGACGUGCGGGAUUCAUGCAUCCAAAAAAUUUGGAUCAUUUUAAACACCGGGACAAGAAAAAAAGCCCAUUGUUGCAGGAUGAACCCGCAAAUAUUAAAUUUGGAACGUCCAACUUGAAAAAUCACGUUAAUCCUGCAUACAAACAAGCAAUAGAAAAGAUUCGGCCAUUUUACGAGAUUUCGCGCGAUCGCUUUAACAGUGAGCGAUUGGUAGAAGAUCAGGACAACUAUGAAGUAAAUGAUGACAUUAUGGGUCGUCCAACAAACAUCAGUAUGGAUGAAGGCUUCAGCAAGCACGAAGAGUGCAUGAAAAAUUCUAACACCAUUGGAUAUAAUGUUGGGUGUGCUGUUAAUAAGAGAAAAACAUUAAAUAAAGCCGGAUCUUUUUUCAAGGCCGUAUGGAAGCCAGUCAAAAAAUCAGCACAGAAGUUAUGGAGAAGCGUGAAAAAUGGACAAACUGAAUACAUUCAGUUUGAUUAAUGUUCUGCUUCUCUCAAUCAUUUAAAUCAAGUAUCCAUCUGCUUGAUUUGGUCCGAGUUCAUCUCGGGUAAGUGUUUAAUUAGAAUAUUUUUGUACUUUACACUUGACACUUAUGUUUUUU